AUGGAGCCAUGGCUAUAUGCUUUGCUCUCCAGUCCCCUUUGCCUCACAGCAAACUUUUUCAAUGUUGUCUUCUCUUUUUGUCUAAUGAGACCAGUCGCUGGAGUAAUGCUUCGCAAUCCACUGCGCUUCUUGUUAAUUGUUGUGUUAUUCAAUUCAACGUUUCAACAACUGGUGACUGUGCUGACCAUUGUUAUGUUGCUUUUUGAUGCACCUUUCUGGCUUCAAACGCUUACCAGAGCUUUGAUAUAUCAGUUUUUUUGUGCCAACUUCUCAUGCAAUGCCUGGAUCAGCAUUUUCUACUACAUUUCAAUUGUUCCUCAGCAACAUCCCAUCUUUAUCUGGAUUAAAAAUAUGAAUGCCAUAUUAUACAUCGGCUUCGGUCUGAAUCAAAUAGUGCUUCUAAUUUCUUUGUCUAUGGGAGCAGUAACAUAUUCUUUGCUCGGGCCUGUCCCAAGCAAUUUCACUUCACCUGAACUAAACAAAACAACACUAGCAGAAAGCUUAGAGACAGACCUGUAUUUAUUUCAUGUGGCUAAUUUUACAUAUUUGCUAUAUUGCACCUGUCCGCUGUUCACGUUAUUAUUCUCUUGGGGCAAAACCUUUGUUUAUCUUCGCGAACAUAUGAAAAAGAUGGGCCAGAGCAGUGAAUCUUUUUCCCAGCCCCAGCAGAAGAGCCAUAUGCGGGUGAUAUACUACCAAAGUUUUACAAAUAUGUUCUGA